GAGAUCUUCUGCGACUCGACGAAGGCAAAUCCGAUUUCAUGGUUCCGCAAGUUCGAGCUCACACUGCAGCUACACUACGUCAAAGAACAUAAGCACCACACGUAUUUGUACUCCCAGUCAGGGGGCGCAUGCCAAGCAUGGUUGGACAAUCUCUUGUCCAAGUACGGCAUGGUAGCUGCCGACUUGCAUACCAAGAUCAGCUGGGAUGAUCUGAAGGCGGCGUGGCAUAAGCGGUUCCAAGUAGAGCCGCCGGAGAUCAAGGCAAUGGACAAGCUGAUGGUCUUCGAACAAGGCACGCUGCCAAGUGUCGACUGGAUUGCCGAGUACCAACGCUUGACAUCCGUCCCAGACAUCCAAAUGGUCUUCAAAGCCAUUAAACACUACUUCAUCUCGAGGUCGUGUCCGGCGUUGGGCAAUGCCUUGAUUCACGUCGAGGACACCCUUACGACACCGGCAGAACUGUUUGACAAGGCCGCACAUGUCACGAACAAGGAGGCCAAGAAUCUCCAGCGUUCGUCUACGCCAGGCCUGAGCAGAGAUCAACAUCGGCCGAAAGUGGCCGUGGUCGCGGCGGCAAAGCCAAGCAACCAAACGAGCGAGGUCAUGUCUGCCAAUGAAGGGGACAGACUCACAGCCGCUCGGGAAGGUGGCCGCCCCGGCAAAGGCCGAGGACGAGGCAAGACGAAGACAAACACCGCAUCUAGCCCCGGGCCCGGCACAGCAGCUCCAGCCCCAUGGUCCCAUUACAGUCUCUCCGAAUCGGCGACGCAGCAACUUAUCGACCGCUACAUCGAGGCCGUACCGGUGUAUUUCACACCUCAUGCAUGCGAACCGGUGACAUUUGACAUUUUGGACACGGACUUCGACAUUAUUUUAGGAAUGCCCUGGCUUGCAAUUGCGGAUCACACGGUCAACUUCCACCGACGGACUCUUACCGUUCGCGGCGCAUUCGGCGCCAAAGUGUCAUGUACUAUUCCUCUUCCGCACCCUUCGAUUCACUGCCAAGUGGUGACGGCCAAGUCAUUCCGGGUUACUUGUGCUUACGAGCAGCCCGACAAAAUUGGCCUAUGUUUCCUACAGACCGUCGCGGUAGCCGACUCUUCACCCACGGACUUGUCUUUGGACCCCCGUGUGCUGCAGUUGCUCGACGAGUUCGCCAACAUCUUCGAGUCACCUACCGGUGCGGUGCCGGAUCGGCCAAUCUCUCACGAGAUCAUUGUUGAGGCCGGUGUCGUGCCGCCGAAAGGUUGCAUUUAUCGCAUGAGCGAGGAGGAGCUUACGGUCCUCCGCGCGCAACUCGAUGAUUUGUUGGACAAGGGUUGGAUUUGCCCUAGUAGCUCCCCAUACGGAGCGCCAGUUCUCUUCGUAUGGAAGAAGAACAAAGAUCUACGAUUGUGCAUCGACUACCGCAAGCUCAACGCGCAAACCGUCAAGAAUGCAAGGCCACUUCCUCGCAUCGACGAUCUUCUUGAGCGAUUGUUCGGCGCAAAGUAUUUUUCUAAGUUGGAUUUGAAGUCGGGAUAUCAUCAAAUCUCAAUCCGACCGAACGAUUGUUACAAAUCCGCGUUGAAGACGCAGUAUGGGCAUUUUGAGUGGGUGGUCAUGCCUUUUGCCCUCACCAACGCGCCGACGACCUUUCAAGCGGCAAUGACCAACGAGUUCUGUGCCAUGUUGGACUGGUUCGUGCUGGUCUACCUAGACGGUAUUCUCGUCUAUAGCCAAUCAUUGGAGGAUCAUCUUGAGCACCUUCGACGAGUGUUGGAGAUGCUCUGCCGCGCCAAGUACAAGGCCAACCGCGACAAGUGCGAAUUUGUCCGGCAAGAGUUGGAAUACUUGGGCCAUUUUGUCACACCGGAGGGCAUCAAUCCGCUAUCGGACAAGAUUCAAGCCAUUCAAGAGUGCUCGUAGCCACGAAACGUCACGGAUGUCCGUUCGUUCCUUGGCCUCGCCGGCUACUACCAGCGUUUUAUCAAAGGCUACUCGAAGAUCG